UUAUUACUUAUGUAAAUUUUAUUGUCGAAGUUGAAAUAGAAAUUUCGACAUAAUAUAUGUAGAAAUGUUAUAAAUUAAACAUGAAAAUAAUAUUUAUUUUCGUUAUUUUAUUAAUAUAUAAAGUUUCUACACAGAACAAUGGAAUUUUAUCCAGAUACAAACGAGAAUCAGCAGGGGCUCUGAACAUCGUUACGAAUCAUGCUCCAGCUAUACAUGCCGACGUGAAGGAUGAUAACACCGGUCAAGCUGAUAAGCCGUGCCCGAAAACAUAUGUAGGAAAUUUCCCAUCUAAUAUUGAGCCAGGGGUAGUUUUUCAGACUCAGGACAAACAGACAUGUUCAUGCACACAAAUGUCUACCCUGCGUGGGAAUCGAACCCGCAACCUUCAGCGUGAAAGGCAGGUAUCCAACCACGCCAACCGGCUCGUCAAAGUAACACCACCUAAAGACACGCUUUACGAUGGUAAAUCGUUAAGGAAGUCGCUGCCCCUCACCACCAAGCUGGAUUUAGUUCGUGCUGUGAGCCGAGUUGUGACCCUUAUCACUUUGCUGUUCUCUGCUAUUGUAGAAUUUUAUCCUUUUGUACAGCACAUGUAUAAAACGAUUGAUGAGUUUAUUAGUUUUAAUCAAUAUUAAAAACUUUUAGUUAAUA